AUGGAGAGAGAUGCUGCGUCCAAAGCCUGCGGUGUCGGAGUUCGCAGUAUGAUGUCGUCACCUGACGCGGCUCCCGCUUUGGCAAACCGACCAGAUGAUCUCGCCAGUAUAUCAAAGCACGGGGCACGUGAAGAUGGUUUUAUCGCAAGCCACCAGAGAGUCUUGAAUUACGCUUACUGUCCUGUGACUGAAUUGACGCCUGUGCUGUCUCUUGUGCCUAAAAUUGAGCCAUUCAAGAUGUCGAGACAAGGCAGCCCGGCAAAGAGGACUCCUCGGCCAACCGCUGUUGGAGAAACAUGGCAACCUCGCAGCCUCGAGCCGACCGAGACCGCUACCGAUGUUGAAUUCACCCUUGUCACUCGGUUGGUGCAAGGGCUGGAGGGCUGCGAUUGGGACCAGCUGCAAGAGAGGUACACAGACGCUAUGGAUGAGCACAGUCGCGUUGAAGAAGAUCUGCGUGCCGAGACAGCAAAGGUGCUCGAGAUUUUUACCGCUUGGUCUCAGACUACGGUGCUGCAAGAUGAGACGAGGGCAUUGAAACGAUUUAAAACACAGAUGCAGCAUGUGCAAAACUCUGAAGCGAGCGUGGAAAGCAAAAGAAAGCACUAUAUGGACGUAGUAAAGGCGUUUCAGAGUGCCUUGGCCUUGCUCAACGAGCAGAUGAAGGUUUGA